AUGGGACUAGCUCAGCAGCUGCUGUCCGAGUCGACAGCGAUACAACUCGAAUGCAUACCGAAUGAAGACGGAAGCGACACGAGUAGCACGAGCAAUGAAAAUGCUGGCGAGGCACAGGUUAAAGACAAGAACGGGGAGAGAGGAAAUUGGAGCGGGAAGUUGGAUUUCUUCUUUUCCUGCGUCGGAUUUGCCGUUGGGCUUGGUAGCAUCUGGAGAUUCCCGUACCUUUGUUACCGGAGCGGAGGAGGAGCAUUCUUGAUUCCCUAUUUCAUCUUCCUCGUGCUCUGUGCGUCACCCCUUUACAUGCUGGAAUUGGCCUUCGGUCAAUUCGCCAACCAGGGACCCAUCACUAUCUGGACCAUCUCUCCUCUUUUCAAAGGUCUCGGAUUCGGAAUGGUCAUGAUCUCGGGCAUAGUUUGCAUCUACUACAACGUGAUCAUCACGUACGCCAUCUACUACAUGUAUCUCACGUUCUCCGCUUCUUUGCCCUGGGCUACUUGCAGUGGGUGGUGGAAUUCCGAACAAUGCGCUUCCGGAGCCGGUAACGAAACUUAUGGACUUAUGGGGAACGUGACGUUGCCUUUCGAAGAAAGCAAGUAUGAAUCCAUUUCGUCCGCUAGUGAAUUGGCGCUGAUGCAGAGAGUCCCUGCCAGUGAAGAGUUCUGGAUGAAAUUUGUACUGCAGCUGUCUCCUGGAAUCCACGACUUGGGAGAAGUUCGAUUGGAACUCAUGAUCACUCUCGUCGUGGCUUGGAUAAUCAUUUGUGCUUGCCUUUUCAAGGGAGUCAAGACUUCCGGGAAGGUGGUGUACUUCUCGGUCACCUUUCCUUAUGUCGUUCUCAUCAUGCUCCUGGUUCGAGGACUCACGUUGCCAGGUGCUUUUGAUGGAAUCGUCUACUACCUUCAUCCCAGAUGGGAGCAACUCCGGAAUUUCAAGGUGUGGGGAGAUGCGGCGACGCAGAUCUUCUAUUCCGUGGGUCCCGCGUGGGGAGGGCUCUUGACCAUGGCCAGCUACAAUCGAUUUCAUCACGAUUUCAAUCGAGAAGCUCUCAUCGUUCCCAUCAUCAACUGCGUCAUUUCUGUCUUGGCCGGCUUCAUCGUCUUCGCCGUCAUCGGCUUCAUGGCCAAGGAAACCGGUUCUCCCAUAGAAAAGGUCGUCUCUCAAGGGCCGGGUCUAGCCUUCAUCGUAUACCCAGAGGCUGUGAGUAGAUUGCCGAUCUCUCCUCUCUGGGCAUUCCUCUUCUUCUCGAUGCUCUUCUCCGUUGGUCUGGGUUCCCAGUUCGGGUUGUUCGAAUGUGUGAUAUCGGCCGUUGUGGACGAGUUCCCACGACUGAGGCCUCACAAGAGUCUCUUCAUGUUUCUCAUGUGCUGUGUCCUCCUCCUCCUUGGCAUCCCCUGCGUCAUGCAGGGAGGGAUGUACGUUCUCACGCUGAUGGAUUGGUACAGUGUCGCCUUCUCCCUCAUGAUCAUUUCCUUCUUCGAAGCCAUCGUCAUCGCUUGGGUCUACGGUGAGGAGACAUUUCCCUUUCCACUCCAGACUGUCAAGGAAAUGGAAUUCCUACAACGAGCCGAUCGCUUCGCGGAGGAUAUGAAGCUCAUGGUCGGUCGACCUCCGUCAGCUUGGUUGAAAUUUUGCUGGAAGUUUAUCACCCCUGGCUGCAUCCUAUUCCUCCUGAUCUUCACGUUCGUGAACCACACCCCCGUGACAUAUAAUGAUUACGAAUACCCUACGUGGGCGAUCAUUCUAGGAUGGGUCAUGGCUCUCUGUUCACUUGUCCCCAUCCCCGCUGUUGCUCUCUUUCAGAUUUUCAAGGCCAAAGGAUCCCUCAAGGCUCGUUUGAUCGCGACGAUACGUCCCUCGCCGCAGUGGGGUCCCUCCUUGGCAGAGAAUCGUCUGCAUUACAAAGAGAGCAUUAAGGAGAACCCGGCUCACUUCCCACAGAUUCACGUGGCAGGACUAGAUACCUACGAAGGCACCAAGGCCUCAGAUGAGACUGAGCAGCUCAUUUUCAAUCCAAAACCGAAAUCUGCGAGUCUCUCCUGGAAAGGUGAGGAGACAGAACCCGUAUCUCCGUCCCACGUAAGGGUGCUGAGGGCUCGGAUCCGUUCUGCAGUCUGACCAACAGUUACGUAUGGGUAUGGGUGUGGGAAUGAGUUUCUUUCAUUACCUACACCAGCCCGAUGUUAUUCAACUAUUCACUAUGAACAGAUUCUUCUCCUCUGAUACUACACGUAAUUCCCUGCGUCGU